AUGGAGUCAAGGAGGCACUGCUUCAAGUUUCUUUAUGCAUUCCUAUGCAUUCUCUUCACUCACUGUGAUGCCAGACUUAUGGUUCAUACAUGGAAAGUUUGGAAACACCAUGACUCAAGCCUCCAUCAAAAGCUAAGAAUAACGAAUCGUGUUGCCUCCAAUGGUGAUCCGUAUACACUCGACUCACCCAUCUAUCUACCUCCUUUGGACACUUUAUCGCCACCAUUUCCUCAGUCUCACCACUCUCCUCCGUUUACCCCACAAUCACCUUCCAACCCUCCUCCACCUCCAACAAGUUACGGCCUACCGACACCUCCACCGCCGAGUAACAUCAUCUGCAGCCCGCCGCUAAAUCCGCCUGAAACAGCUCCUCCGAAACAUGGGUUCAACUCACCUAGCAUUUUCCCAAGUCCACCUCAACUUCAACCUAAUCCACCAAAACAUGUUCCUACACCCCCUAAGCAGGUUCCAGGCCAACCCAUUUCCGAACCUCGUACUCCUCCACACAAAGGGUCACGGUCCGGUGCUUGGUGUGUAGCUAAGCCGACAGUGCCUGAUUCAUUGAUCCAAGCGGCCAUGGAUUAUGCAUGUGGGUCUGGUGCGGAUUGCAAGUCGAUUCAACCCAACCAGGCCUGCUUCCAACCCAACACAAUGAUGGCUCAUGCAUCGUACGCUUUCAACAGUUAUUGGCAAAACGCAAAGGGGCGUGGUGGCACUUGUGAUUUCGGAGGAACCGCCAUGCUUGUUACCGUUGAUCCUAGUUUUGGUAAAUGCAAGUUCAGCAACAACUGAACACACGAAUGAGCCAUUCGAGAGAGCAAUGAUUUCAGAGUUUGAACCAGCACUGUGGCUAGAUACGAUUUUUACUUGGAUAUAAGCAGUUUAAUUCAGUAUUGAGCUUGGUUCCUUUAUUUUGUUAAUCUGAUAGGGUUUCAUGAAUUAUAUAUAUAUAUAUAUAUAUAUACCCUAUGAAAGGUAACAAAAAAUGCAACUAGUACAGCAGAAU